AUGGCGGAUUUACGUGGAUACCAAUGCCCAACAUGGGCAGAGAGUCUGAACCAAAUUCCAAAGAAACGAACGCUGCUGGCUAAUAAGGAGACACCAAUACAUCGGUGGAGCCUGCCAGGAAUGCCCACAGAAUAUGACGUAUCUGUCAAACGUGAUGACAUGACCGGAUGUACUCUCUCGGGGAAUAAGGUACGAAAACUAGAAUUUCUGAUGGCAGAGGCGUUAGAACAAAAAUGUACUCACGUGAUCACAUGCGGGGAUAUCCAUUCUAAUCACUGUCGAGCAACAGCCGUAGUGGCUCGUCGGCUUGGUCUCACACCUCAUCUGAUAUUGAGGGCAAACGAACAGGGAACCUGUGCCAUAGGUUGUGAUGGAAAUGCAUUACUGACCAGACUGUGUGGGCCAAAUAUCUACCUAGUACCUCAUGAUUCUGGCUACAUAACAGAGUUAAAGCCACGCAUGGAGAAACUUGCCGCAGCAAUUAAGGACAAAUUAGGCGACGAUUCCUACUUAAUUCCUGUAGCUGGAGGCUCUAGUUUCCCAGGACUGUUCGGAAUAAUAUCAACAUUUGAAGAAAUGAUUUUACAGGGUUUAUUGGAUAAUUAUGACGAUUUGGUAUUUGCCUGUUCGUCUGGGUGUACUGCAGCUGGCAUGAGUAUCAGUAACUACCUCACAGGGUCUAAACUCAGGUGUCAUGGUGUGAUUGUUUGCAACUACACGAAGAGUUAUUUUCAUGAUCACGUUGACCAAGUACUCCGUGAAACUGGUUUACCUGAUGAUAUCAAGGCAAACGCCAUUGUGGAUAUAAUUGAGGGUUAUCAAGGCGAUGGAUACAACAAGUCAACACAAAAGGAACGAGAUUUUGUGAUGUCCGUGGCGGAGACAACAGGGGUGAUGCUGGAUCCGAUAUACACGGGAAAGGCGACUCUUGGAAUGCUUCGGGAACUCCAAAAUAAUCCACAAAGGUUCAAGGGCAACCGAAUCUUGUUUUUACACACAGGUGGUUUGUUUGCGAUGUAUGAUCAUCAUUUGGAUGCGACAAUAAGAAGAAGAGGACAUGAGGAAAACAAAAUAUAUCUGUGGUCAAGUAAAGACUACAAGCCUGUUCGGAUUGAAGAAUACUCCUAA